AUGAAACACGCACACACCCCAUCUUACGCAAACAUAACUGCCAAUAAGGUAAAUCCCCCCACUGUCCAUAAACCACCCACUUACAAACCAUCAAUAAUCGUCACCCCAAAAACACAAGUCACCAAACCAUCUGAAACCCUACAACUCUGGAGAAAGAAUAUCACCUUUAAACAAGACAACUUCUCACCAGCAGGAGUUAAAUUUGUCUCCAAUAACAAAAUUCGAGUGGAAUUUGACAGUGUGGAGCACAGGGACAUCACUCUCAACAAAAUCACACCCACCUCCGAAAUUACUGCUGAAAUUUCUAAAAAACUGAAACCAAUGGUCAUCAUUAAAGGUAUUCCCAUAGACACACCCCCUGAGGAACUAACUGACAUCAUAAUUACUCAAAACGACUCAAUCAAAUCAAGCAUAACCCAUAAUGAUGACCUUUUGUUCAGAUUCAAACGAAAUAACAAGAACAAAAAUCUAUACAACGCCGUAUACAUGGUAACCCCUCCCCUGUGGAAAUCCUUCACUCAAACCGGAAGAAUCAAUAUAGAUCACAACAGAGUACACGUUAAUCUUGCUAGAGGUAAAUAUCCAUCACACGAACUACAUGUAUAUACCACACAACACGACACCGACAUUAUCUUUGUAAAUGAACCAUACACCGGAACCACCCACACCUUCAAGACCAUCCCCGGAUACAAUGCAUACCAAUUCCCCACUAACCACCCAGUCAAAGCUGGAAUAAUGAUCAAAGACAAGGUACUCAGUACAAUAGGUGACACCCAAAACUCCAACUCCAACAUCUGCAUUGUCCAGAUCAAUAACAAUUCGGGCCAAAAAUUAUACUUAAUAUCAGUCUACGUCGAACCCGGAGAAGACAAAUACUCAACCAUUAACAAACUUGAAUACUUCUUAGACAUAACUAACGGGGCCAAUCACAUCAUAUGCGGUGACUUCAACGGCUGGCAUAAGAUGUGGGGAUCAAAACAAAACAACAGAAGGGGACUCACCAUAUCCGACCUUAUAACCAACAAAAACCUAACAUUAUGCAACAUCGGAACCACUCCCACAUUUGAAACAAUCACUCAUCACAAUCACAGAGAAUCAAUCAUUGACCUCACACUCAUCAGCAAAGCAUCCAAAACAAAUGUCAACCAAUGGAAAGUUGACAUCGACAUAUGCCCAUCAUCCGACCACAACGCCAUAACAUUCCUCAUCUCACCCACUAACGUCAAUUUAACCAAAACAAAAAAACUAUCCACUUUUAAAUACAACACAACACUAAUAAAAUGGGAACUAGUUGAACCCAAAUUUGACCUUGAAAUUAACAAUAGACUCCCUAUCAAUCAACACAUAGAAACCAUGGACAAAACACAAUUGGACGAAUACAUACACAACAUCACCUACUCCAUACAAAAAACCUGCGAUAAACUCAUCCCCCGAGCCACUGGACCUCCCAAACGAGCACCCUGGUGGAAUGAACAAUUAAGCUCACUAAAACGCACUGUUCUACAAAUACACCAUAAGAUAUGCAACAUAAAACGCAGAGGAAACCACAUCAACCCCGAAAUACUAUUACAGAAACUCAAUGCACAAAACAAAUACUCAGAUGCCAUUCGUACCGCUUCAACCAACAGCUUCAGAGAAUUCUGUCAAAAACAAAAAAAAGAAGACGUAUGGUCCAUCACCAAUCGCCUAAUUAAAACGCGUCCCAUCACCCAACCACCAUCCACUCUAUUACUUGAAGACGGUACAUACACUAAUAACACCCUCAGCACAGCUACUGCACUCAUAAACAAUUUCUUCCCCGACGACACCCCUGAUCACACAAAUUAUCAAAUCACUAGCCGAGCUAUUAUGCAUAACCCAAUUCACAAUCCUAACGAGCCACCAUUCACCACCUCAGAAAUCAUCGAAACUCUCAAAACAAUAAAUCAUAAAAAAGCCCCUGGGCCCGAUCACCUCACUGCGGACAUAUGCCUUCAAUUUGCCAAAGCCUCCCCUAACAUCAUUACCCAAGUCCUAAAUAGAUGCCUCGCACUCGAAUAUUUCCCAAAAUCUUGGAAAAUCGCACAAGCCAAAAUCAUUCCCAAACCAAACAAAUCCAACUAUACAGACUUAUCUAAAUUCCGACCAAUUGGACUAAUCAACGUAUUUGGCAAACUACUAGAAAAACUCAUCAUAAACAGACUCACUCACCACAUGAACGUCACCAACACAUAUUUUAAAUCACAAUAUGGAUUCAAACUACAAACAUCCACGGUAGACGCCAUCCGCAACGCACUCAAUACAAUCAAAACCGCCAAAAACAACAAAGAACAUGUCAUUGCGGUAUCACUGGACAUCAAAUCAGCAUUUGACAACGCAUGGUGGCCUGCCAUAUUCCUAAGAUUACGUAAAAUCAAUUGUCCUAGUAACAUAUACAGAAUACUUCUUAGCUACGUGGAGGACAGAGAGGUGUUCAUCAACUUCUCAGACUGCACUGUCAAUAAAAAGAUGUCCAGAGGCACAACCAUGGAAGAUAACUGCUCAACACUCGAAGAAGCUAGAAACCAGUUAAGGAAAGCAAGGGAGGAAAUCGACUCUCUCCGCAAUACCAACGAAAAACUAACACAUACUAUAUACAACCUGGUUGAAAUUAUGAUUUCCAACGCAAGAUCAGACAACUCCCUCAUUAACAAUCUCAGGGAAUGCCCUCGGCAAAUAACCACAAACCUCAGCCUCAACAACCAACCCGGCACGAGCAUCCAUGAGGCCCCAACUAGACUGCCAAGCCCCUCCGCAACCCCUAACAACUUAAGCUCGGAAGCCAGCACCUUUGAUAGCAGCAACCUCGAGAUUCCCGGUACCAACUCCGACUUAAACAUCUCUGGGCACACAAAAAACGCGACAACCUGCACCUGCACUAGUACCACAACAGGAACCAACAGCAGUCCACGCAGCUCCGCUAACAUCAGCAGACCUUCGUCUCACAGGGGUAAGGGGGGGGGGGGAAUCAGUGUCUAUUAUGCGGCGCUUUCUACACCAGCCGCAAUAUAU